AUGAAUAACUACCUUGAAAUUAUUAAACAGUUGUAAUAAGCUGUCGAAUUAAGUACAAGAGAAAAUGUAGAAUUAAGAGAAUAGAUAAUAAUGAUGGAAACCUAAUAAGACCCUCAAAAAAACCUAAAAAUUAGUAAUUUGCAAAUGAAGAUCAUAGAGUAAUAACAAUAAAUAUCUGAAUUAAAGCAACAAAUGAUUAAACGAAAUUAAAUGAAGAAAGAACACUAAUGUAAUGACGAUAAUAAAUUUUUAAUUGAAUAAAUGAAGAAAAAAUUCGAAGAAAAGAGUAAUGAACUAACGAGAUAUUAAGAUUUGUAUGAAAAGGCCAGGUUAAAUUUAAAGCAAACUCAAUAACAAGUACUAGAAUUAAAGGAAUAAAUCAACUAAUAAUGUUAAUUGAACGCGUAAGAAUAAUAAAAAGUAACAAAAAUGGAAUUAUUAAUGAAAAAUGCUAGAUAAUAAGAAUUUGUAUCAUUAUAAUAUAUAUUAGAAAUAGAGAGAUUAAACUCAUAAAUAUAAUAAUUAGAAUAUGAAUAAAAAAGCUUAUCUAGAAUAAGCCAUUGAAAUGAUUAUUAUUGUAUUAAAUUAUUCAUAAAAUAAACAUUAUCACAAAGGAAAGACGGAGAAUAAUAAUUCGUUAUUUUCAUUUGAAAAGAUAAUAUAUUUAUUAUUAAUAUAUUAAAAUAUGAUUACUCUAAUAUGGUUAGUGCAUUUUGAUAAAAGAUGGCUAUGUUUUCAUUGUCCAAUAAUAUAAUCAAUGUGGUAUUCUAAAUUUACACUGUAGGUUAUUUGGAACUAUUUAUUGCUUUUUAUUAGCUGGAAUUGAUUUGUACUCAAUAUAUUUUCAUUAGUUAUGCCCUUAUGCAUUUAAGCAUUUACUAAUAAAUAUAUUUCUCUUAUUAAUUUUGGCAGGGCUAUCAUACAUAAUUUAUGCUAAAACUUUAUUUAAGAAAGUAAUAAAAAACGUAUUAUAUAAUUUUAGGAAAAAAUGCAAAAAUAUCAAAAUCGACUGGAUAUUGCAAUUAGACUAAAUCACUGGACAAUUAGAAAAGUAUUGCUUUCCAAGAUUGGAUUUGCUGUAUUUGUUAUAGGGUUUAUUUAAAAUUUAUGGGCCCUGGAAACCUUUCUAAAUUUGUAGGAAUGCAAAAAUUGUGAAGGUAUGUAACCAAAUAUACUAAAAUUAAAUCUAUUGUUAACUAUCAUAGCAUCCAUACCAAUAGCAUUUAUGAUAAUCUGUUAUGUUUUAAUAAAAUCUGUUGCUUUAAUAACUAGCUCUUUAUUUCCGCAUACAUACAUAAAAAUAAAGAAAAUAUUUUGUAAUUGA